CUAUGUGAAACUAAAGGUCAGAGGUCAUGGAGGAGCAGAGCGGGUCACCAGGGGCCAACACGGACAACAGCAGCCAGCGUAACGGAGAGGAGAAGCCUCGCAGGAGCAGCUGGACCAAAGCCAGGAGGAGGAAGAAGCCACUGAAGGACAGUAAUGCCCCCAAAGCCCCGUUAACAGGAUACGUGCGCUUCAUGAACGAGCGCCGCGAGCAGCUGAGGGCAGAAAGACCAGACAUGCCUUUCCCAGAGAUCACCAGGAUGCUCGGGAAUGAGUGGAGCAAACUGCCUCCGGAAGAGAAACAGCGGUAUCUGGAUGAAGCAGACAAAGAUAAGGAGCGCUACAUGAGAGAACUGGAGCAGUAUCAGAAGACUGAAGCCUAUAAACACUUCAGCAGGAAGGUGCAAGAGAAACAAAAAGGAAAGAGACACAGAGGAGAUGCUGGAAGGCAGGCGCCUGGUGAAUCGCUUCAUGAGAAGGAUCUGGAGAUAAAGGAUCGCUCCGUGUUUGAUAUUCCCAUCUUCACUGAAGAGUUUCUGAAUCACAGUAAAGCGCGUGAGGCUGAACUGCGGCAGCUGAGAAAGACCAAUAUGGAGUAUGAGGAGCGUAACGCGGCGCUGCAGAAGCAUGUGGAGAGCAUGCGCUCGGCCGUGGAGCGUCUGGAAGGAGACGUGCAGCAGGAACGUACACGAAACGGCCUCCUGCUGCAGCACCUGGACACCCUGCGCUCGGCCCUCACACACAGCUUCUCUACCGUCCCCCUGCCCGGCAGCGGUGAGACGCCCACACUCGAUUCCAUCGACUCCUACAUGAAGAAGCUUCACAGCCUCAUUCUGUCCAACCCACAGGAGAACCAGCACCUGAUCAGCACCAUCAGGGAUGUGGUCAACCGCCUCGACAGGUAAUUGAGAGGCCCCACCCCUCGUGCAGUAGCCCCUCCUCCUGUCCUGCUAUGACCACAUUUUGUGUCAAGCAAUUAUUCAAUUGUUUCCUGUUAUUUAUUUUUUUACAAUGCCGUUUUUAUCUGCUUAUUUUUAUUUUUUAUUUAGCAGUUUCCAUUUGCCAUGCGUUCCUGCCACUUUAUAAAAUGUACACAAGAAAAACCAAAAACAUUAUUUUAGCAAUGGUGUGGUUUCAUCUGCAUGUGUACAUGUUGUUUUGUUUUUAAGCUCAAUUUUAUACUUGUAAUUUCUUUCAUGUUACGUAAGAAAGUGAAAUGUUGUAUUGGCGAGAAGAGAGGCAGGUUCAUCUGUAGCUUGUGUCUUUGUGCCGGAGUUUCUGAAUUCCCUGUGUGUUCUUGACUUUUGAAGAAUUCAAUAAAGCUAAUGUAUGAAGACAUU